AUGCCCCGCUCCCCAUCCCCAACCCUAUCCGACUCGGAACUCCUCGAUUCCAUCGCCGACUCAUUCGACUACUCUGCCCACCGCGAAGCCCGCAUGGAAGCCCUCGCACAACAAGUCAAAGCCGUCAAGAACUUGCGAGAAACGGGGGAUGGAGAGUAUGGAAGGGUGGUGGAGUAUAAGGAGGAGAAGGGUAUGAUUGAGCGGAUGGCGAAGGAAAAGUACUGUCUGAUCAACUUUUUCCAUCCAGACUUCAAGCGCUGUGAGAUCAUGGACCGCAAACUCGCCGAACUCGCCCCAUCAUACCCCCACACCCUCUUCCUAAAAGCAUCAGUCGACAACGUCCCGUUCUUGGUCAGCAAGAUGGCUAUCAAGGUGUUACCUUGCGUUAUGUGUUAUGUCGAUGGACGGGCUGUUGAUCGGUUGAUAGGGUUUGAAGAAUUGGGACAGACAGAUAAUUUCUCGACGAAAGCGCUUGAAUUUAGAUUACAACAGUCUGGCGUCUUUCCCCGAAAUACAAGUCUCUCAGCAAACCUCAACCCCCUCCUCGUCGGCAAAGGCCGUCAAGCCAACGGAAAGGGAUCUGAUUCGGAAGACUCUGAGGAUGAAGAUGAGCGGAGACGGACGCAGCAGGGGAGGGGUGGGAUUCGGACUGGGAUGGCUAGUAAGGGGGAUAGUGAUGAUGACGAUUGGUGA